GCCCUGCCCCGCGGCCGGGAGGCAGCGCUGCCGGCAGGAGGUGGCGGGGCCCUGUCCUGGUCUCUCCCUGUGGAGCUGCUAAAAUCAUUGUCGUUACGGCUUCGGCCCCGGCCCGCUAAAUGGGGUCUCCGGUGCCAUUGGAACCCCGGCGCCGUGACACAGGGCCCUUGUUCAGCGGCGUUGCUCCUGAAAUUAUCGAGGACACGCUGAUCCACUUGGCCACGGAGAACGAGCAGUACUUGUGUCAGCUGCCAGAGCAGGCUGGGUGCUUUAAAGAGACUCGGAUCGUGGAAUUUAUUUUCCUUUUGUCUGAAAAAUGGCACUUGGGCCAAUCGACACGGUACCAGGCAGUGGAGUUACUUGAAAGGUUUAUGCUCAAGCAGGUAGAACAGAUGUGUGAUGGCAGAGGGAACGCUAAAGGUCGUGACAAAGGCCAGAGGAGCAGCUGGAGCUCUGUGAGGGAUCAGAUACUCAACACCUUUGUCCUGCGACUCGUGUCGUGUGUUCAGCUUGCCAGCAAACUCUCUCUGCACUACAGUAGAGUGACCAGUGACGCAGCUUUAAAAUUUCUGCAAUCCCUGAAAUACUCCUACACGAAACAGGAAUUGCUGGAGUCGGAGCUUGCUGUUUUAAACACUCUGCACUUCCACAUCAAUGUGUCAACUCCGUUGGCCUACGUGGAAUUGCUUCUGGAGGUUCUAGGAUACAAUGGCUGCUUGCUUCCUGCCAAACCCUUACACCAGCUCUGUGUGCAGCUGCUGGACUUCUGCUACCUGACCAGAGAGACCAUCUAUGACACUCUGCUGAAGAUUGCCAUCGAAAACUCCACACCAAGCGAACUGCAGAUAGCCAAGUUUUUAACAGUGAAGGAAGAUUUCAUGCUCUUGGCUGUUGGAGUGAUCAGUGCAGGUGUGUUCAUCCUGAGCCCCGGGCACUGGGAGCAGGUUGUGGAGCAUUUAAACUGCAUCACUGGCAUUACUCCACAAAGCAUCCUGGAGUUCUCCUACGCCGUGGUGAGGCGCAUAAUUGGCAGCACCACACCUGAGCAACGCCGUGGGAACUGUGGAACCAAAUCUCCUGGGGACAGAAUUCUGCCUCGGAAAUAGAAGCACCCUGUCCAUCCCGUCACCGGCCCAACAGCAGGACCUGUCACGCUGCUGACAACUCUGUGACACUGCCCAGGCACCCAGCACAGUUCAGGGCUACCUGAUUCUGGAACAGCUCGUCAGUCACGUGUUAAUCAGCAAGGUUGAUCCUGCUAGGCAUUGCACUCACGCUCUGAGGAGAGCCCCUACAGCACCACAGUGUUUAGAAAUGCCCUAAAAGCUUUACUGUAAAAGCUGCAUCUUGUAAGUUUUGAAGCUAAGCUCCCUUUACGCAAAGAGACCCCUCAGAGUAGUUGUGUUUGAAAGGUGCUGCCGUGCCUGGUGCUCAGCUGGGACCAGCUCUCACCCCGUGUAACAAAUGGAGCCGUGCUGUCUCCUAUUGCUGCUUUUAUAAAACCCCUGUCUCAGCUGCCUGUGGUCUGUGCCAGCACUGGAGCCUGUUUGCUCCUGCCCUACCACAGCCAGCAGUGACCAGAGUUGUGAUGAGGACAGAACCAGGCCCGUGCUGUGACUGUCACCACAGCAGCGCCCAGUGUGUCCUGUGAGUGCCAGGGGUUUGUGCUGUGCUGGCUGGAAACACCUGGAGUGUGGAAGAGUUUCAUUAUUCCCUCAGCGCAGCCCUGUGCAGGAACAGGCUGCAGGAGGGAUUACAGUGUUGUAAUGGUGUUAAACCUGGUUAAGUUCGGUAGCACAAAGAAGUGAUGAUGUGACUUAGAAAAUACUUUAUUUCAAACUGUAGCUAUUCUUUAAUGACCAGGCAGAAUUCUGGCAGUUUUUCCACAUUAUUCCCCAUGGUUGUAAUGUUCUGCUUUUCCAACCUUGCAUUAGCUGUAACAGAACAGCAUCAAACUGAUGGGUGUUCUGAAGU